AAGGAGGAGGCAGUAAUGCAACAUUGCUCACUGCCGUAAAACGCAAACAACAACAACACAAUUCUACGUGAAAGUAGCCAACGGAGACCGUCUUCGAUCCUUUGAUGUGGACCAGUUUAAAGAGGAAGUACACGCGUCCGGGCACAUCGGGUGGCAAAGGACAGCGAGGAGGAGGGCAGUAAUGCAAUAUUACGUCUGCUGUCGUAAAAACACCAAGAACAAACAACUUAAACUGAGGAUUCAGGGAUUCUAGGAAGGGAAGGAGAGGACGCAAAGGAAAGAGAGGAAGGAGGCAAUACAGAUGCCAAAUGUCGUCCAACACCACCACACAACUAUUAACUAACUAUUGAGCACCUAGAAUGUGAACAUUACGACGACAGGGUGACAUAAACGACAAAAUGGUCUUCGAAAGCGUGGUGGUAGACGUCCUCAACCGGUUUUUAGGGGAUUAUGUUGUCAACCUUGACAGCUCACAGCUCAAGCUUGGCAUAUGGGGAGGGAAUGCUGUUCUUACAAAUCUUGAAAUAAAAGAAAAUGCCUUGAGUGAGCUUGACAUCCCUUUUAAAGUGAGAGCUGGUCAUAUAGGACGGCUGGAACUUAAGAUUCCAUGGAAAAAUCUCUACACUCAGUCAGUGGAGGCCACACUGGAUGGUGUCUAUCUUCUUAUAGUUCCCACAGCAAGUAUAAAGUACGAUGCAGAAAAGGAGGAAAGACAGUUACACGAAUCUCGUCAGAGGGAGCUACAGCGGAUAGAAGAGACAAAGCAGAAGGCUGCUGAACAAGAGAACCCAGCGAUGGAGAAGCAGGACUCCUUUAUGGAAAAGCUUGUCACUCAGGUCAUCAAAAACCUGCAGGUCAAGAUCUCCAACAUCCAUGUACGAUAUGAAGAUGAUAUCACCAAUCCAAAUUGUCCUUUAUCAUUUGGAGUGUCUCUUAAAAAACUCAGCCUUCAGACAGCUGAUGAGAACUGGAAUCCAACUCUUCUAGAUGAGAAUUCUAGGCUUUUCUUCAAGUUGAUUCAACUAGACAGUUUGUUUGCCUACUGGAAUGUCAACUCAAUACUCUACUCCAAUCACAGUGCUGAUGAGGCCUUGCAAUGUCUCAAGAACAGCAUGGAAGUCCAGAACUAUCUUCCUGACAGUGUUGACUUCAUUUUCCGUCCCAUCUCUGCGGAUGCUAAACUACGAAUGAAUCCCAGGUCAGAUGUGGAUUUCUCCUCUCCUAAGCUGGACCUGAUGGUCAAUCUCUGUGAAGUGGCCAUUGAGCUCAACAGAUCCCAGUACAUUAGCAUCUUGGAGGUGCUGGGCUCAGUGGAUAUGAUGUCCCGGAACCUCCCAUACAGGAAGUACAGACCUGAGGUCAAUGUUCAUCGGAACUCUUGCAUAUGGUGGAAUUAUGUAAUCACAGGCAUCCUGGAGGUAGACGUGAAGCCACGUCUCCAUAUGUGGUCAUGGCAACACAUUCGCCGGCACAGAUUCAUGAUCAAACAUUACAGAGAGCUCUACAAGACAAAAAUCACCAGCAAGAAACCCAGUGAGGAGCUGCUCAAACAGCUAGAGGAGCCCGAGAAGACCCUGGACGUUUUUAAUAUCACAUUAGCCAGGCAGCAGGCUGAAGUGGAGGCGAGCAAGGCAGGCCUGCGUAUUUAUCGGCCAGGGUUAAAGAUGGAGGAAGAGGAGUCUCAGGGUUGGGUGAACUGGAUGUGGAACUGGGGAGGAACGGCUGAAACAUUAACAAAGGAUGCCAAAACUGGAGGAUUUGAUGAGCUGUUAACCCCUGCUGAGAAAUCCAAACUCUACACUGCCAUUGGAUACAGCGAGACUGUUGUUAACCCCAACCUGCCAAAGAAUUUUGAGGACAUGAAGGUCAAUUUCCAUAUGGAGAGGCUGACAGUGUCUUUCCAAGACAAGAACGACAAAAAUGAGAUCAUCAGGGUGACUGUGGAAGAGCUCAACUCCACACUCGCGCAGAGACCUGGAGCGCAAGCCAUCAAAGUUACAGCACAGCUGACUUUAUUCGAGGUCACAGGCCUGGCCAAUGGCCGACCUGCACCAACCCUCCUUUCAUCAAGGAAAGCAGCCACAGGAUCAGGGACCCCACUGCUUUCUAUCCUGUUCGAGACCAACCCUCUGGAUGAGUCAGCUGACCAGCGACUUCGUGUGGAAUCGCAACCGCUGGAAAUCAUCUAUGAUGCAACAACUGUGAACGGCAUGGCAGUCUUCUUCAUGCCUCCUGAUGACCUGCGGCUUGAUGAGCUCACCAACGCGACACUGAUGAAACUGGAGCAGUUCAAAGAUCGUACAUCUACUGGUCUAAUGUAUGUGAUCGAAACACAGAAAGUGCUUGACCUGAAGGUAAACUUGAUGGCCUCCUACGUAAUCAUUCCACAGACGGGAUUUUACAAUGGGACUCAGAACAUCCUACUGCUGGAUCUUGGACAUUUCAAGAUAUCCAGUCAAAGCAGGGGGGAUUUACCGCUGUUGUCCGCAAGUCCCAGCAACAUAGAAGACCUAAUGUCCAGAGCAUAUGACAGCUUUGAUAUCAAGCUUAGUAGCCUGCAGUUCAUUUAUAGCACACCAGAUGAUGACUGGAAAAUGGCUCGUAAGCAGAAACAGUCACUGCUGCACAUCUUGGAGCCGGUGGAUCUGAAAAUGGCUUUCAGCAGGGCAAUGGUUGUCAAAGACUCCCGCAUGGCAAAGUAUAAGAUGUCUGGAGAGCUUCCUCUGCUGUCUUUGCGUAUUUCUGACGAUAAACUCCGAAGUGUGCUGGAGCUGGUGGACAGUAUCCCGCUACCUAAGUCUAGACCUGUUGCACACACUGGUUCAUCCUCCACUGCAAAGUCAAAGCAGCAGUUCACACCAAAGUUUUCUCACAGACGACCUAUGAAUUUAGCUGACCAACGCUCUUCGUUCAUGUUCGAGUCGUGUGAAACCAUCAGCAUCAGCUCUUUGGGGUCCGAGGAAGAUUUGUUCUACGAUGCUCCCAGCUCUCCCAUUGGUGAAAACCCAUUCUUCCCGGACAAACCCAUGCCACUGCGCUAUGCAGAUUUAUACAAGAAACAACUCCAGAAGGAAGACGCUCAGAAGAAUAUGACUGACUUCAUCCUGAAUUUUGAAAUUAGUGAGUUUUCUGUUCAGUUGUGCCGCCUGUCUGGGGAUCAGGAGAUCACAGUGCUCCACUUGGACAUAUCGGGUUUGGGCACUGAGCUGAAAGUGUGCACUUUUGACAUGACGGCAAACACAUACCUUCGAGAGAUCUGCCUAGAGUGUCCCGAGUAUGUGGAUUCUGAAGAUAACCAGGUUAAGCUGAUAACCACACUAGACAACACAACGAAAGACUUGCUUAUGCUUGAUUAUAUCAAAGCUGAUAAAACUGGCCCGGAGUUCAAGACUCGACAUAAGAAUACAGAGCAGCUCAUCAAGGUGACCUUUUCAUCCCUCGAUGUUCAUCUACACACGGAGGCUCUCCUGAAUACCAUGAACUUUCUCAACAACCUCCUUCCUCCAUCCACUAAAGAGGGAGGGAAGGAUGAACUCCCCACUAUUCCUGAGGAAGAAGAAGUAGAGGGAGAGAAGAAAGUAGAGAAGAAGGAAGGAUCUUCUGUUAUCAAGAAAAGAACUGGUUCAAGGAAGUCAAAGGAUAGACCUGUGGUGAAUCUGCAUAUCAAAGCUGAUCUCCGCUCCCUGAAAAUUUUCAUUCGAGGACAGAAAAUCAGGAUUGCUGAAAUUUGUAUCGAAGAUCUCGUCUCUGAGGUUCUGAUGAGGAAGAAGGAGAUGGAGAUUCUGGCCAAUCUGAGAAAAAUUGUCAUCCUCAACUGUGACAAGGAUGCCCUUUACCAGAAGGCUGUGACCAUAGCAGAUAAGGAAGUGUUUUCAUUCCGCAUGGUGAACUAUACUGAUGCCACAGAGGGAGAUGCCUAUCUUGACAUGUCUAAAGUAGACACUGCUGUCAGUCUAAAUGUGGGAUGCAUUCAGGUCAUCUUCCUCAACAAGUUUGUCUCUUCCAUAUUGGCAUUCAUCAACAACUUCCAGGAGGCUAAAGAGGCCCUGGCUGAGGUGACAGUCCAUGCUGCAGAAAAGGCAGCAUCUGGUGUGAAGGAACUGGCAGAGCGAAGCACUCGAAUCGCUCUGAAUGUCCACUUCAAUGCACCAGUCAUCUUCCUUCCUCAGUCCUCCACUUCCUCCAACGUCAUUGUAGCUGACCUUGGUCUGCUUUCGGUCAAGAACAGUUUCUCUAAGCAGCCAUUUAAAAGCGAUGCUGAGAUCCCUCCAGUUGUGGAUAUAAUGGCUGUGAGACUGACUGACCUUAAGAUGUACAGGACGACAUACGUAGAUCAAGGUUUUCAUGGGGAGACUGAGCUGCUGAUGCCUGUCAGUUUGGACUUGGAAAUCCGGAGAAACCUUUCAUCUAACUGGUACCACAGUAUACCUGACAUAGAGAUUGCUGCUCAUCUAAAACCCAUGACUCUCAUUCUCAGUCAGGAUGAUAUGAUAGUGGUUCUAAGGACUCUGAGUGAGAAUCUGUCGGAGACGUCUGAUGAUGUUUCAUCCCCGAGCAUCCCUCCCAUCACUUACCCCUCUGACUCCACAUCAAACAAAGAGCCGCAGGGAACUAGUGGAACAGCCGACAAGAAUACAGUGGUGACAGCUGCUAUUGUGGAGACUCGAAUGAACAACAAGCUGAAGAGCACGCUCAAAUUGGACUUUAAGUUUGAUUCCAUGACGCUGGUCGUGUACAGCCCCAAUGUGAAUGUGAUUCUGGAUGCUGUGCUGGACUCGCACAAUGAGCAGCUGAAGCUGGCAGAAUUUACUUUGUGUUCUAUGUCCACCUCGGUCCACAUGUUCUCCGACAGCUCCAUGACAGCCUCAGUCCAACUCGCAACCUGCCUUCUUGAUGACAAGAGACCGAAAAUCAACAUGGUCACGCCAAGGAUGGUGGCUAUGCAUCCAGGUGCAGAAGAGAAUAUGAUGGUGGAGGUGAAUUAUCGACAAGGACGUGAAGGCACCACUUUGGAUACAGUGGUGCAGGAUGUGUACGUGUGUGCCAGCAUGGAGUUCCUGCUCACUGUGGCAGAUAUCUUCCUCAAGGCCUCCCAGCAGGGAUUUGGUCAAGUGCCACAACAGAAGAGCAGCAGUGGGGCGGGAGAUAAAAAGACUACAGCUAAAGGGUCCACUCCAGCUCCAACACCAGUGGCAAAGACAGAGAUGAAUGUGACAGUGCGUAACCCGGAGAUCGUGUUUGUGGCGGACCUGACACGGGCCGACGCCCCGGCCCUCGUGAUGACUACUCAUUGUGAACUACUAAUGAAAAGUAGUGCAGAGGGAUCAAAAAUGACUGCUCUCAUCAGUGACCUCAAGGUGGUGGCUUGUCCUUUCUUGAGAGAAAAGAGGAAAAACAAUGUGACCACAGUGCUGCUGCCGUGUCAGGUGUUCUUCCAGAGUACUCAGCCCCCAAACUCCCCUCAGGCUAUGGAGGUGUCCAUCAAUGCUCUCACAUUGAAGGUAUCUCCAAUCAUCAUCAACACAGUAAUCACCAUCCAGUCAGCUCUGACUCCCACAGCAGAAACCCCAGAGGAGCUGGACUCUCCAGUCCCGAUUGAUCUGUGGGAGAUACGGGACUGGAGGGGCCUCAAACUCUGGUUUCUAGAAGAGGAGAAGGAUGAAGACACAAAGUCACUGACCCCACUGAUACCACAAGGAGAGUCAUUACAGGUGGCCAUCAAGUCUAUCUGUCUAACUCUGGAAGCAGGUGUGGGCCAUCGCACUGUCCCCAUGCUUCUGGCCAAGUCUUCCUUCCAAGGAGAUGUGAAAAACUGGUCCACACUCAUUAACUUGCACAGCAAGCUUGACAUGGAGGUUCAUUAUUACAAUGAGAUAAUGGGAGUGUGGGAACCACUGCUGGAGCCCUUAGAGGAUGAGACAGGAGACAGAUUCAGACCAUGGACACUUGAACUGAAGAUGAAGAAGAAGCCAGUGGAGGGCAUGUAUUUGUCAGAUGAAGUGGAUUAUAAUGUCCCAGACUAUAAGACUGUAAUCACCAUCAGCAGUAAAGACCAGCUCAACAUCACGCUCUCCAAGUGUGGACUGGCGAUGCUGAGUAACCUGGGCACGGCAUUUGCAGAAGCCGCCCAACAGACAUCCGAGUGCUUUCAGAAGGACGAAGCUCCCUUUGUGGUGAUAAACUGCCUCGGUGUGCCAGUUUCAGUCCAGCACAGUGAGAUGUUUUGUCCCAUCACCAAACAGAGUACUAACUGCACUGUAAAGCUUGAGGAUGGUGAAACCCUGGGGAUGGACUAUUCUACAACAACAGAUGACCAGUUCUCAGCCAUGAUCUCCUUGAGUGGGAAGGACUUCUAUAUAAAGCCCACUCCACAGGGACACACCUCAGCCAGUAUGAUUCCCCUGAUCAAAGUGGGCAGAGGGCUGUACAGUGUAACGCAUCAAGAAUCUGGAGUCACUUGUUUCCUGAUCUGUCAGAUUUACUCCGUGAAGGGCAGCAAGAACAUAAAGAUCCGUUCUCCUUUCCAGAUUGUCAAUCAUUUUACAAUACCAUUCAAAGUUUUGGAGGGAUCACUGUGUCUAGGUACUGCUUUGCCAAAUGAAGAGUUCUCUGUGCCUCUCGACUCAUACAGGUCUGAGCUGAGCCUUCAGCCAAUAAUUGAAGAGGGUGCUGACAAUCAGGUUUCUCAGUUCGAGUGCUCCGAAGGCUUCAGUUACGAAGACGUCAGCAAAGAGCAGCCUGAGACCCUUCAGCAGACAUGCCUUCGCAGUGGAAACCAGCAUGGCAAGAUAACAAUCAACAUUGUGCCAGAAAGGGAUGAUGUGGCAUUCAAAGACACAGGAAAUAUUGAGAAUAACUUUGACGUGCCCUAUGUGCUUCACCUUUGGCCCUCCAUUCUGCUGCGUAACUUGCUGCCUUACCCCAUCGCAUAUGAACUAAAGAACAGUGACGUGUCUGCCCCUGAAGCUACUUUGAACGCAGGUCAUUCUGCCCAACUUCACACCGCAGUCAUCAACCAAUCAAAACUCGGUCUGCGAUUGCUCAACUACUUUGCUCAGGACUGGUCUUCUGAGUACAGUCUCCAGAGUAACCAGGAAGAGAUCACCUUCACUGUGUUCCAGUCUCUACGAGAGAAUGAUGAAGAUUAUUGUGAAGGGACGGAGAUGAAAAAGGCUGAGUUAGAUAUAGCAGUGCAUGUUAAGUAUGACCUCGGACAGACAGUAAUUGCAUUCCACUCCCCAUAUUGGAUGGUGAACAAGACGGGCAGGUUACUGCAGUACGUCGCUGAUGAUAUCCACCGUAAACACCCGCUGGACUAUGACAUGCCCCUGCUCUUCUCUUUCAAACCUCGGUUCUUCCUGAAAAACAAUAAGGUCCGCCUCAUGAUUUCCGACAGUGAAACCUCUGACGAGUUUUCCCUGGACACAGUUGGGAGCCAUGGAGAUGUGAAAUGUAAAGGCAGAUACAAAGACUACCUGGUCGGUGUGAAGAUUGAUCCGAGCAGUUUCAGUCUGACCCGCAUCGUGACCUUUGUGCCGUUUUACAUGCUGGUCAACAGAACCAAGCACAGUGUUUUCAUAUGUGAGCAGGGGCAAGAUAACUGGACUGAGGCACAACCAGAGCAGUCGUCAAUUCCUUUCUGGCCUGAAAACGACACAAAGCGGCUAAAGAUCAAAGUAGAAGGUUGUUUAUCGCCUCCUCGGACUAUUGACUUCACCCGACCAGAGAACUGCCUGCUGCUGCGUCUAGACAACUCUGUGGGUGGGAUCAUUGUAGAUGUGAACUUAUCAGACCACUCGGCCACAAUCCGAUUCUCAGAAUACCACGAUGGUGCGGCCCCCUUCCUCAUCAUUAAUCACACCAAAGACCAGACCCUUCAGUUUCAUCAGAGCACCCGGACAGAAACCUCGUGGGUGGCUGACGAGCUGCUCGACCUCUCCUUCUCACUGGAGGAGGACAGUUCUCAGACAACAACAGAACAGGACGAGCUGGAGCCUGGGAAAGCUGUGCACUACACCUGGGCUAAACCCACCGGCUCCCGAGAACUUUGCUGGAAUUGUAACUCUUACAGUGGGGUGCUGAAGAGCGAGGAGGACCUGCUUGAGGACAUGGACAACAAGGGACAACUGUUUGUGUUGUCCUUUUAUGAAGGACUCCAGCGUGUUUUGCUGUUCACCGAGGAGAAAAAUAUCUACAAGCUGCUCUGUGAGAGUGAGAAGGCUCAGCUGGCUGAACAGGAAAUCAUCCUGUCGCUGCAGAACAUGGGCGUGUCGCUGGUCAACAGCAGCAUCGGCCAGGAGAUCUCCUUUAUUGGUAUCACAAGCUCUGAUGUGGUGUGGGAAGUAAAGCCUAAGAAAAAGAGGCGGUGGAAGACUUUGACCACUAAAGAAGUGGAGCUUUUGGAGAACAGCUUCAAACAUUACAUUGAAUCUGGAUCUUUGGACAAUGCCAUCAUUGAUCUGGAAAACAACUUCCAGGUGUCCUUUACCCCCAAAGGCGUGGAUAUGCGGAUGCUGCAGCCAUGUAACGCCCCUCUCAGGAGGCACUUCCUGCCCGGCGUGAAGGUGGAGUAUAGCGUCUCACCACGACAGAGUGCCUACCGAGUCCAGAUCCAUCGCAUACAGAUCCAAAAUCAGCUGCCAGGAGCCAUCUUCCCUUUUGUCUUUUACCCUGUGAAACUGCCAAAAUCUAUCACCAUGGACUCAGAACCCAAACCUCUGACUGAUAUCAGCAUUGUUACCAGAGCAGCAGGGCACUCUGAUAUCUCUCGCAUCAAGUAUUUCAAAGUGUUGAUUCAAGAGAUGGAUCUGAAGCUUGAUCUGGGUUUCCUGUAUGCCAUCCUGGACCUGUUCACCCCUGAGAAUGCCAGCUUCAUAACUACAGAGCAAGAGGUGGAACUCUUCGACAAGGAUAUCGAGUAUAUCAAGACAGAACUCGAACACGCCUCUGCUACUGACACCUCUCCCAUCAGCCUCUAUGAGUACUUUCACAUUUCCCCAAUCAAACUGCACUUGAGUUUCUCUCUGAGCACGGGAGGAGAAGACGGGCUGAAGUCGAAGAGGGACCGAGAAAUUAUCCCCGUGCAGUCCCUCAAUUUGCUGCUUAAGAGUAUCGGAGCAACUCUCACUGACGCGCAGGAUAUCGUCUUCAAACUGGCCUUCUUUGAGUUGAACUUCCAGUUCUGCACCACACAGCAGCUACAGUGGGAGGUCAUCAGACAUUAUUCAAAGCAGGCUAUUAAACAGAUGUAUGUGCUGGUACUUGGCCUGGAUGUGCUUGGAAACCCCUUUGGGCUGAUCAGAGGUCUGUCUGAGGGAGUGGAGGCCUUCUUCUAUGAGCCCUAUCAAGGAGCCAUUCAGGGGCCAGAGGAGUUUGUUGAAGGAAUGGCUCUUGGGGUGAAAGCUCUGGUGGGAGGAGCAGUAGGGGGAAUAGCAGGCGCGGCUUCCAGAAUAACAGGUGCCAUGGCAAAGGGCGUUGCUGCCAUAACUAUGGAUGAGGAAUACCAGCAGAAGAGACGAGAAACUAUGAAUAAACAACCCAGUGGCCUGAAGGAAGGACUAGCCCGAGGAGGAAAGGGACUUGUGUCCGGGUUUGUCAGUGGAAUCACAGGGAUUGUUACCAAACCCAUCAAAGGAGCGCAGGAGGAAGGCGUCGCAGGCUUCUUUAAAGGUUUUGGGAAAGGUCUGGUCGGUGCAGUAGCCAGACCAACAGGAGGCAUUAUCGACAUGGCCAGCAGUACUUUCCAAGGAAUCAAGAGAGCUGCUGAGACGUCACAGGACAUUCAGUCUCUACGUCCUCCUCGUUUCAUCCAUGAGGACGGCGUCAUACGACCAUAUAAAGAGAGGGAAGGAUUCGGCAGUCAGAUGCUCCAGAAAAUUGAGAAUGGACGUUUUGCCAAGUACAGAUACUUUGCUCACGCCAAGGUCAAUGAGUCUGACUUCUUCAUGAUCACCAAGAGGGGCAUAUUUUUUGUGACCAAAGGCACAUUUGGUCAGCUGACCUGUGAAUGGCAGUAUCUGUUUGAGGAGUUCACCAAAGAGCCAAUGAUCAUAGAGAGCCGACGACUUCGCAUUGAGGCCAAGGAAAGAGUAAAGUCAGUCUUCCAUGCCAGGGAGUUUGGGAAGAUCAUAAACUUCAAGUCUCCCGAGCUCGCCAAGUGGGUUCUUGCCAAAUUGGAGGAUGCGAGAGACACUUUACCCAAAUACUGAAUCGUCAUCGAGGGGAAAAAAAUAAAUAAAACACGCGUUUGUGAAAAAGAAAAAGAGGACAGUAAGGCAACAUCAUGGAUGCCAGCUGCAGUAAAAACCCCAAGAACAAACAAACAAACAAACAUAUACACACAUACACAAACACAGUCCGUCUGUGUGUGUGUGUCAGUGCCUUUUGUUCUUUACCGCAUGCUUGUUUUAUUUACCUCCACGUGUGAGCAAGUGCAAAAUAUCAUACGCAAGAUGAUGUCUGUUGAAUGUUGUGUGUGUUGGGGGUGAGAGUGUCUAAGUGUGCAUGCUAACAGAUGAACAGCUGACCUUUUUCCUACAUCGACGUACCACAGAAUGAAUGGAAACUGAUCAUGUUUCACUCGUUGCUCUGUUUGCACUCGUUGGUUUUUUUUUUGCACACAAUGUGAUAGAUGUUUAAAGUUUUAUUCUAUUUAAAUUGAUUCUUAGUCCUGGGUUUUCACAUUACGUCAUCUUGUAAAAUCUGUUUUGAAUCUAAAAUGCUGGUGAAAUUAAAAGAAUUCUAUUUUUUCAUAGUUUGGCUCGUCAUGCUCUGUCAAACGCACAUUAAGUCAAUGUCAGUCAAUUUCACUCAACAUACACAUAUAUAUAUAUAUAUAUAUAUAUACAUAUAUAUAUAUGUGUAUGUUAUGAAGUGUGUCAAAGCUAACACUGCUAGGAAACAGCUUGAGUGAUAUUAAGCCCAAAUAAUAGUUGACGAACAUUUAAAUUUACGACAACAAAUGACAGAUAAUUUAAAUAUAGUAUACAUAUAACAUAAUGUACACCAUUACUUCUUUUUGUUUGAAACUUGUCCAUUGUUUUGUUCAGUGUGUGAUUUAGAGAUGCAUGCUAUUUUUAUACUUAUACCUGUUCAACUACUGUACACUGGGCUUACUAUAUAUAUACAUAUAUAUCUACAUGUAUAUAUAUAUAUAUAUUCCCACUUAAUAGUCUGUUUAAUGGCAUUGCAGAUUGUAAUUUAAGGUUUUUAUGUUUUUAUACCACACAUAUGCAAAGUGAACAACUGUAUGUUGAAGAAUAACCCAGAGGAAAGUGUGUCCAAAGGAAACGAAUGCUAAUAAUCCUAAAUUAAUCUUGACUUUGAUGCUUAUUUUAAUGGUUUGCUUUUUAGUUGUUGGGGUGCUUAAACAGUUUAAUACAAGUAAAUAUCUCUUGUUGCCAUGUUAUCAUUUCUGGACUUGAGGAGGGAAAUAUUCACUGCAGUGGCUUAACACUUUUUUCUUGCCCUUUUGAAAAGAAUAAAUAAAUAAAAUAUGUGUUUCAUACUUCA